AUGAUAAUUGCUAUUGUGAAAUUCCUUGCGAAGAAUAAUUUGCCUUUUCAUGGAAGCCAUGAGAAGAUUUAUGAAGAGAGCAAUGGAGUUUUUUUAAGCACAGUUGAAAUGAUUGCCGAGUUUGAACCAACAAUGCAAGAGCACUUGCGGCAGAUAGAAAAGGGAAUGGGACUUUUUGGUGAACUUCAAGAAGCGUUAGUUAGCCUUGAACUUGAUAUUGGUGAUUUAAGAGGACAAGGAUACGACAAUGGUUCUAACAUGAAAGGAAAAAACAAAGGCGUUCAAACAAGAGUACUUGAGCUUAAUCCUAGAGCAUUCUAUACGCCAUGUGGUUGUCAUAAUCUCAACCUUGUGCUUUGUGAUAUGGCCAACUCUUCCUCUAAAGCAAAAACUUUCUUUGGUGUGGUACAACGGAUAUAUGUUUUGUUUGCAUCUUCCGUUCAACGAUGGGCUAUUUUGAAAGAUAAUGUGGAAGGUUUCACAGUUAAGCAAUUGUCACAAACGCGUUGGGAAAGUCGCAUUGAAAGUGUCAAACCACUAAGGUACCAUGCUCCACAAAUAAGAGAUGCUUUAGUUAUCUUGGCAAAUACUACCACAGAGGCGUUGGCAAAGAGUGAAGCUAAAUCCCUAGUUACUCAUGAACUUGAGAAUUUUGAGUUCUUGUUUUGCAUUGCUAUUUGGUACAAUUUGUUGUUUGUUGUUAACUCUGUUAGCAAGCUCCUUCAAAGUGAAGAUAUGGAUAUAGAUGUUGCUGUAAAGCAAUUGAAAGGACUUAUUACCUAUUUUGAAAGGUAUAGAGAAAAUGGUUUCGUGGAGGCAAUGGUUGAAGCUAAAGAAAUGGCAAGUGAAAUGAAAAUUGAACCUUCAUUUGUUGAAAAAUGCAUUAUUUGCAGAAAGAAACAAUUUGACGAGGAUAUUAGUGAAGAAGUGACCCAAUCGGUUGAAGAAUCCUUCAGAGUUAAUUACUUCUUGUAUAUUGUUGACAAAGAUCUUUCGUCACUCAAGAAUAGGUUUGAGCAAUUCAAAGUAUAUGAGGCAAACUUUGGUUUUUUGUUUAACUUGAAAAAGACCAGCGAUGAAUUUGUGAAGACUUGCUAUAUUGAUGGAAAAGAGUUAUCUUUGGAGCUGAAAGUCUUGAAAGAUGGAUUGCCAAAGGAAGUCAACAAACCAAUUGAAGUGCUCAAUCAUUUGAAGACUAUGGACAAUUGUUUUCCGAAUUCAUGGAUUGCUUAUAGAAUACUUUUGACUAUUCCGGUUACAGUUGCAUCGGGGGAAAGAAACUUUUCAAAGUUGAAACUAAUCAAGAAUUAUCUUCGAUCAACCAUGUCACAAGAAAGGUUGAAUGGGUUAGCCAUGCUAUCCAUUGAAAAUGAUUUCACAGCAAAACUAGACUAUGGAAGCUUAAUUGAUUUAUUUGCCUCUAAAAAUGCAAGAAGAGCAAUGUUCAAGUGA